AUGACUCUCUACAUAUACCUUUAUUUCUAUUGCAAUUUUCUUAUUAUUUCAGUGAAUUCAGUAAAAUUAACAAUGAAACAAGGACUACUAAUGAACCAAGUUUUGGCCACUUAUGCUUUAGAUAAUGCACAAAAUUCGCUGUGUAAAAACCAUUCCAAUCUUUACAGAAAUGGGUUAAGAUCAUUUGAAUCAUGGGCUCUAAAUAUGUUUGAUUCUUCAUCUAAAAUCCAACCUGGCAUUCUUCUAGGAAAUUUAGUCGAAUUUGGGAGUUACAAACAAUGCAUUCAGAUCAGAUUUGAUGAAAUUAAAGGAAAGCAUUGUUUGAUUAAAAUAACACCAAACUUGAAUUUAAUUAAAAAAAUUCUCUCGUUUCGAAAUGUAACCGAAAAAAGGUUCCCAAAAAUUAAAUUAAUUGUCGAAAAGUCUGCUUUCUUUUGGUCAGUGUGUGUACCAGACUCGUGUCCCACUAACGAUAUUUUACGACAUUUUAAGAAAAUUAUUAGCGAAAUGACUGAAGGUUUAAACUUGAAUGCAAGUUUAGACGAACAUCACUGCCUUAGUGAGGAGGACAGUCUUACAAUGGGUUUGGCUCAAUAUGUUUCUCUAGCAAUUUUGCUUAUAUUUAUUGGAGUGAGUUUGAUUAGUACCAUAUUGGAUGCGGUGAUGUCAAAGAACUCUUUAAUAUCUGCAUUUUCGAUCACUUCCAAUUACCAAAAGAUAGUAUCACGAAGAAGACCCAACGACCUAGAUUGCAUCCACGGACUGCGUUUUUUGAGCACCUGUUAUGUUAUUAUAGGCCAUCGGUACUUAAUGGCCAUGUUCUCACCAGUGAUUAACGGUUUAGAAAUUUUGGAUUGGAUCUUGAAUUACUCCAGUACUAUAAUAAUUGGUGGUACCAUUUGCGUUGACACGUUCUUCAUGAUAAGUGGUCUUUUAGUGAGCAUCAGUUUCUUCGAGCAUGUUACAAAAAAUGGUACUUUCAACGUACUAACCUUUUACCUUUAUCGGUACUUUCGAAUAACCCCCCCACUUGCUAUUGUUGUAUUAAUUUAUGCAACUCUGAUCCAAUUUUUGGGUUCCGGACCGUUAUGGUACGACACGUGCAUGGCUCACUUGGAACCUUGCAAGUAUUACUGGUGGUCUACACUUUUACACAUCCAGAGUUACACCAAUCCACAUGCUUUGUGCAUUUUGCAAACCUGGUCCCUAACUUGCGAUAUGAUAUUUUUUUAUUUUUCACCAAUACUUUUAUAUCCUCUUUGGAAGAAUCGAAUAUUUGGUUUAAUUGUUUGUGUUUCCUUGUACAUCUUAUCGGUCGCAAUUAGUUUCUAUUUCGCUUGGAUUAAUGAAUAUGAGGGAGGAAUGCCGAUAACGAAUCAAUUGUUUGAAACAAAAUAUUUUCAACAACAUUAUAUCACUCCUCAUACUCGAGCACCUCCUUAUAUCCUAGGAGUGCUUUAUGGAUUUUAUCUUUUUACUUUAAAAGAAAAGAAAAUAAAGAUGAAUUUUUUUACGAUUUUGAGUGGCUGGUUGGUGGCUGCAACUCUUAUGACUGUGUCUGUGGUUGGCAAUUACAGUUUUCAAAUGGAAAAUCAUGAUUUUAAUCGAUUGGAAGCGUCACUCUUUUUGUCAUGUUCUAGGUCAGCUUGGACUUUUGGAGUUAUUUGGAUAAUAUGGUCUUGUGUUAAUGGUUAUGGAGGCAUUAUUAACGAUUUUUUAAGCGCAUUUGCGUUUCGAGUCUUGGGAAGAAUAUCAUACGGGUGUUUUCUUCUUCAUUUAAUUUUACAACUCUUCAAAAAUGGGGCUAACAAAAUGCCCAUUUACUUUUCAAAUUUUUCAACUAUAUAUGACAGUUGUGCCGAUUUACUGUUAGUCGUACUAGUCAGCUUCUUCUUCACAAUGUUCUACGAAUUGCCUCUUUUAAAUAUUGCAAGUUUGUUUUUUAAGAUACCGAAAAAAGUGCAGUCGAAUAAUUAA